AUGUCGUCAUCAACUGCGUCUGAAGAGUCUACUAUAUCACAUGGCGGGGAAAACAUUGGGAUCUGGAGAGUCCCAGACCCCACUCCGGCCCCAACCACCUCGCCAGUGUGGGUACAGAAUGCCAGCAGUAACAACACAACAGCCAUGCUUCUUGAUCUCUCCCACCUGGAGUCCGACAACACUAAUGUCCGACAUGACGGGACAGAUUUGGACUUAACACCAGGGAAAAUUGUGUUUGUGAUUGUCAUGUUCCUUCUCAACAUCUUCAUGCUUAUUGGAAAUUCCAUUUCAAUUGUAACAAUAGCAAAGACACCCAAUCUGAGAAGCAGGACUUACUACUGGCUGGUGCUGAAUCUUGCUAUUGUGGAUCUGUUUAAUUCACUCACUGUCGUUCCAAUCAACACAAUAUGGGAACUUUACGGAAUCUGGCCUUUUAGUAUCGACUUCUGCAACAUCACAAUCUGUGCUGAUUUGGCCUUCAGUGCAAUUGCAAGUUAUUCCACUGUGCUUGUAUCUAUAGACAAAUACCUGUACAUCACUAAGCCCUUCCUUUACCACAGUAUCUCAGCACCAUGUGUCGCACUUGGAUCCAUGAUCGCAGUGUGGGUCAUCUGGAUCACCUUCUCCGCAGUGUCCGUAUUUGGAGACUUUGCUCGGAACCCACACCCAAAUGAAACAAUCUACAACGGACUGGACACAUGUAACUUCGUCAUGACAGACAUGUACGCAGUCCUCAGUGCAGUAGUAACUUUCAUCAUCCCCUUCUGUAUCCUCCUCUUCACAAGUCUUAAAAUUCUGUGUGUGGCCAGGAAACAUAUUUGCCGCAUCGCUGCCAAUCACGAAAGUGUGCAACAGUCCGACUCCCAGUCUGUUCUCUUCGGCGGUAACUCGUCUCGGCGGAACACUGACACCAAUACAACCAGCCUGCCUCGAACCUCCAUCUGGACUACCAGUUCCACACCCAAUACACAAACAUCAGGCAAAAGCCGCAGAGAGGGAAAUCGGUCUAUAAAAAGGAAAUUUCAGAGGGCCAGUUGUCGAGCUUUUGGAACUGUGAUGAUCGUCGUUUUGUUUUUUAUCAUCAUGUUUGCCCCCUACUGGUUUGCUUCCAUUGUGGACGUUGGGUGCAGCUGUAUCGCGCCGUGGGUGUACGAGGAUUAUCUUUCCGUGUUUUACUUCAGUCAUUCUCUGGUAAACCCUUAUAUCUAUAUGUUCACAGACCGGAGGUAUAAGAAAGCAUUGAGAGAGCUUUUCAGAAAAAAGAGGAACCGUAAAGUUUCUCAAAGUCAUGUAAGAUCCUCUAGUGCACAACAGGAUAAAUGA